AUGGAGGGGACGGACGCAGAGCCGCGGGCCACCUUCGGCGCCUGGGACUACGGCGUGUUCGCCACGAUGCUGCUCGUGUCCACGGGCAUCGGGCUGUGGGUGGGGCUGGCGCGGGGCGGCCAGCGCAGCACCGAUGACUUCUUCACGGGGGGCCGCAGCCUCACGGCGCUGCCCGUCGGGCUGUCGCUGGCCGCCAGUUUCAUGUCCGCGGUACAGGUGCUGGGCGUGCCGGCCGAGGCCUACCGCUAUGGCCUCAAGUUCCUGUGGAUGUGCCUGGCCCAGUGUGUCAACUCGCUGCUCACCGCCAUCGUCUUCCUGCCGGUCUUCUACCGCCUGGGCCUGACCAGCACCUAUGAGUACCUGGAGCUGCGCUUCAGCCGCGCCGUGCGCCUCUGCGGGACGCUGCAGUACCUGGUGGCCACGAUGCUGUACACUGGCAUCGUCAUCUAUGCCCCCGCGCUCAUCCUGAACCAAGUGACCGGGCUGGACAUCUGGGCUUCACUCCUGUCCACGGGGUUCAUCUGUACCUUCUACACCACCAUCGGGGGCAUGAAGGCGGUGAUCUGGACCGACGUGUUCCAGGUGGUGGUGAUGCUGAGCGGCUUCUGGGUCACCCUGGGCCGUGGCGCCAUGCUCGUGGGGGGCACCGGGGCCACCCUGGAACUGGCCCAGAACCACUCCCGGCUCAACUUUCUGGAUUUUGAUCCAGACCCCCGCAGACGCUACACUUUCUGGACCUUCCUGGUGGGCGGCACCCUGGUGUGGUUGUCCAUGUACGGUGUGAACCAGGCACAGGUGCAGCGUUACGUGGCCUGCCGCUCGGAGAGGCAAGCUAUGCUGGCCAUCCUGGUCAACCAGCUGGGCCUGGUUCUGAUCGUGGGCAGUGCUGCAUGCUGCGGCCUCGUCAUGUUCGUCUUCUAUAACGGUUGCGACCCACUCCUCACGGGACGCAUCUCGGCCCCUGACCAGUACAUGCCCCUGCUGGUGCUAGACAUCUUUGAGGGGCUCCCUGGUGUCCCCGGACUGUUCCUGGCCUGUGCUUACAGCGGUACCCUCAGCACGGCGUCUACCAGUAUCAAUGCCAUGGCCGCUGUCACCGUAGAAGACCUCAUUAAGCCCCGGCUGCCCGACCUGGCACCCCGCAAACUCAUGUUCAUCUCCAAGGGGCUGUCUCUGAUCUACGGCUCGGCAUGCAUCACUGUGGCGGCUCUGUCUUCGCUGCUGGGGGGUGGCGUUCUGCAGGGCUCCUUCACAGUCAUGGGCGUCAUCAGUGGCCCCCUUCUUGGAGCCUUUGUCCUGGGCAUGCUGCUGCCUGCCUGCAACACUCCGGGUGUCCUCGCUGGGCUAGCUGCUGGCCUGGUUGUAUCCCUGUGGGUGGCUGUGGGUGCCACGUUGUACCCACCCAGCGCACCCAUGAUGGGGGUCCUGCCGUCGUCAGCGGCUGACUGUGCUGCAACAUCCUGGGCCAACGCCUCUUCCUCUGGCUCUCUGGACUCACUCCUGGCUGCCAACACCUCCACCGGGGACUUGGGCUCUGCUCUGGUGGAGCCCGGCCGACCAGCCCUAGCCGACAGCUUCUAUGCCAUCUCGUACCUCUACUACGGGGCGCUGGGCACAGUGGUCACCGUGCUGUGUGGGGCCCUUGUUAGCUACCUGACCGGCUCCACCAAGCGUAGCAGCCUGGGCCCGGGCCUGCUGUGGUGGGAUCUGACCCGGCACACGGCCUCUGUGGCCCCCAAGGAGGAAGUGAGCACCCUCGGAGAUGGCUUCCUCAAGGUUUCUGAACAGCCCCGCUCUGCAGACAAGAAAACGCUCGGUUUGCUGCCGGUGGGCGAGGACUGCCCACUCUUCCCAGGGCCCAAGGCGGACGACACUGGGGCAGGGACCCUCGGCCAUGGCCACGGCCACAGUGACCUUCGGGAAUCCAGUCUGUGA